AUGACUAUUACUCAAAACGACAUAAGCGCUAUUAUGACAUAUCUUCUAUAUGAGAAUCAAACGAUCAUUAUCUAUAGGGUUUCGAGAAAAGUACGCUCAAUAGAUAUUAUUAAUAAACUAAUUAUUUCUAGUUGCAACUCUCAUGGAUUAAAUUAUAAUCCAACCGAAUUACGCGCCAUAUCCACCAGAUGCCGAAGUAAUUUAAAAAAUUAUCCUAUCCGUUUUCGAAGGCGCUACGUUAGAAUGGCGAAUAUAACUAAUGAUUACUUCGAACGAAAUCCUUCCGCUUCAUCUUAUCAGUUAUCAAAUUCUUAUCGAAUAAUACCAUUAAGAAUAUCAACUUCAGACGCGUCACGUUUACAACGUGAGAUUAUAAACUUGCCAAUACCUAGGUCGUUAGAAGAGGCAGAGAAAAUGUUACGUAAUAGACCUCUUCCUACAGAAGAAAACCCAAUUAUUCACGAAAAAGAUGAUACACCCGUGAAUCUCUUUGCUUCUAUUUUGAUUGAAGGAUCAGCUUCGGCUUUUUACUAA